UAAUUAGUGUAGUCUACCAUAGAAAUAUACCAAUUUAAAGAGCAGAAUUCAGUUCAUUGAAUGUUAACUAUUAAUAAAUAGUUUUGUACAAGCUGUCUUAGAGUGUGAACGUUUAGCGUGCAAUCAGUAUGUUAGUAAAGUAAAUUUCAGUAAAGAAAAGUUGGUGCUUGUGUUUUGACACAAUGUUCCGCCCGCCACAUGGAGCGCUCGAGGAAAGCUUUAGAAAGUUUUAUAUUGUCAAAAACAUAGCAGAUUAUGUGCCUAUCAGUAAACUUAAGGAUGACAUAACUUCUGAAAAAGAUGAUAAUACUGAUCUUGACAUUGAGAAAGUACUGGAAAGGGAUGAUGACUCUGCAGGGACGAAAGAUGAAAAAACCGAGGAAGAAGCACCUAGCAUAUCAUUCUUUACUUUGUUCCGAUUUGCCACGUGUUUGGACUUAUUGUUCAUAACGGUUGCUAUAAUGUGCGCAAUUCUAGGUGGAUGUUCGAUGCCAUUUAGCACACUGCUGUUUGCGUGGCUGCUUGAAGCUAUGGUUGCUUAUGGACUGUCCCUGUUUCAAGGAACCCCGGCUGAUGAUAAAUUUCUGGAAGAUCUGAAUUAUUUCGCCAUCUGGAACGUAGUAGUUGGUGUUCUUCUAGUACUUUUGUCGUAUACAGCAACGAUUCUUAUGAACAUGGCUGCAUAUAAUCAGGUUUACAAACUACGCCAAGAGUACUUAAAAGCAGCUUUAAAUCAAGACUUUGAAUAUUUUGAUACUCACAAAACAGGUGAUUUUGCUACUAAAAUGACCAGUGACGUUGUUAAAUUAGAAGAAGGUAUUGGAGAGAAGUUGACAACUUUCAUCUUCUUCCAGUCAGCAUUCAUCAGUUGCAUCAUUAUGUCUUUAGUAAAAGGAUGGAAACUGGCUCUACUGUGUUUGAUAUCUUUUCCAGUUUCAUUAUUUCUAGUUGGAAUCUCGGGCUUUAUAGCAUCCAGAUUAUCAAAGAAAGAAGCAGUUGCGUCGGGAAAGGCUGGUGCUGUAGUGGAAGAGGUAAUAUCAGCCAUACGUACUGUGUACGCGUUUGGUGGUCAACAAAAAGAAAUAGAAAGAUACCAGAAGCAUUUGGUGGAAGCGAGGGGUAUAAAUGUUAAAAAAGGUUUCUUUAGUGGUAUUGCUAUGGGGACACUGUUUUUCUGUAUUUUUGCCGCUUACGCUUUAUCUUUCUGGUUUGGGUACAAAUUGAUGGUGGAUGAACCUGAAAAUUAUGAUGUUUCCACAAUGAUUGCUGUAUUUUUUGGAGUAAUGAUGGGUUCAGCUAACUUUGGUAUUUCAUCUACACUGAUGGAGGUAUUUGGCGUCGCCAAAGGGGCCGGGGCUCAAAUCUUCAAUUUGAUUGACAAUGUGCCUGUAAUCAAUCCUUUACUUAAUAAAGGCAUUGUUCCUAAAUCUAUAAAAGGCAAUAUCGAACUAAAAAAUGUAGUGUUUCGGUAUCCAGCAAGACCGGGCGUAACAGUAUUAAAAGGAGUUAAUUUAACAAUAAAACGGGGAGAAUCGGUGGCGUUAGUAGGACAUUCUGGAUGUGGGAAAUCUACUAUCAUUCAACUAUUGUGCCGAUACUAUGAUACACUUGAAGGCAGUGUACUUUUAGAUGGUAAAAAUGUUAAAGACAUCUCUGUUCAAUGGUUGCGCAAACAAAUCGGGAUGGUUGGUCAAGAACCUGUUCUAUUUAACACAACAAUUCGUGAAAACAUUAGAUAUGGGAGAGAAGGAGCCAAUGAUGCUGAAAUCGAAGCAUGCGCCAGGCAAGCCAACGCUCAUCAGUUCAUCAUGAAACUACCUAAGGGUUACGAUACUUUGGUUGGUGAACGUGGAGCAUCGCUAUCAGGUGGUCAGAAACAACGUAUUGCUAUUGCGCGGGCGCUAGUACGCAAUCCAAGUAUACUUCUGCUGGAUGAAGCCACUAGUGCUCUAGAUACUUCAUCCGAAGCCAAAGUUCAAAAGGCAUUAGACAAGGCUCAACAAGGAAGAACAACUAUAGUCGUGGCCCACAGACUUUCUACAAUAAGAAAUGUAGAUAUGAUUUAUGUUUUUAAAUCAGGAGAAGUUAUAGAAUCUGGAAAUCAUGAGGAACUUAUGCAAUUGAAAGGACAUUACUAUGAUAUGGUCAUGAUUCAAGGCACUCCAGAACAGGAACAACAAGCCGGAAAUGAUCUUGCUCGUCAGACUUCCGUUAAAAAUGACAAGGCCGAUGAAGAGGAAAUAAUAGAUUUUGAUGAAGAAGAUGGUAAAGAUAAUGAGGACAAAGAGAAAGACGUAUCUUUCUGGCAAGUUAUGCGUCUUAACAGCCCUGAAUGGAAGUCUAUAUCCGUCGCAAGUUUAUGUUCCUUGCUGAGUGGCUUUGCCAUGCCAGUAUUGGCAGUGUUACUUGGUGAUUUUGUAGGGGUACUUUCAGGUGAUGACCCGGAUGCUAUACGAGCCGAAGUUCGUAGAUUUGCUCUAAUUUUCGUCGGUAUUGGGGUCUUUUCAGGAAUAACAAAUUUCGUUACGGUUUUCUUCUACGGCGUAGCAGGAGAAUACUUGACUGAGAGACUGAGGCGACAGAUGUUUGAGAAACUUCUCCAGCAGGAGAUCGGUUUCUAUGAUGACAAGGAAAACUCUACAGGAGCUUUGUGUGCUCGUCUGUCUGGUGAAAGUGCUGCCGUACAAGGAGCCACUGGUCAAAGAAUAGGUACCGUACUUCAAGCUGCAGGAACAUUUGGGUUUUCUCUUGUUCUCUCUUUGAUAUAUGAAUGGAGAGUUGGAUUGGUUGCCUUAGCGUUUGUUCCGUUUUUAGUUACCGUUAUAUUUAAGGAAGGUAGAAUGGUCAGCUCUAAUUCAUGGGGAACAGCAAAAGCUAUGGAAGCUAGUUCAAAGAUUGUUGUUGAAGCAGUUGCAAACGUAAAAACUGUUGCAUCUUUGGGACGAGAAGAAACUUUCUGCAAAGACUAUGCAUCUUUAUUACUACCGGAGUUGACUGUAGCAAAGCGAUCAGCACACAUAAGAGGAAUUGUCUUCGGUUGUUCGCGUGGUCUAUUUAACUUUAUAUAUGCAGCAGCUAUGUACUAUGGUGGAAUACUUAUAAUAUAUCACGGAGUGGAUUAUGCAUUGAUUUUGAAGUCAGCUCAGGCUUUAUUAAUGGGUGCAUCUUCAGCAGCCCAAGCGUUUGCGUUUGCUCCAAACUUUCAAAAGGGAAUAAAAGCUGCAGGGCGGGUCAUUCAACUACUUAAUAAAGAGUCUAAAAUAACUGAUCCGAAAAAACCUGUCACUAGAUUCAAAGGUUCAGGACAAGCCAGACUUCAAAAUAUCAACUUCCGAUAUCCAUCUAGACCUAUGAUACAAGUUUUGAAGAAUUUAAAUUUAGAAAUAGAACGAGGUAAAACUAUUGCCUUGGUGGGGUCAAGUGGAUGUGGAAAGAGUACAAUAAUCCAAUUAUUGGAGAGAUAUUAUGAUCCUGAUACUGGAAUAGUAGCUCAAGAUGGCAUUCCUAUAUCACUGCUUCGUCUAGAAGAUGCUAGAAGACCUAUAGGUUUUGUUCAACAAGAGCCUAUACUAUUUGAUAGGACUGUAGGGGAGAACAUAGCAUAUGGAGAUAACUCUAGAAAUCCUACUAAUGAUGAAAUUAUAGCAGCUGCUAAACAAGCAAACAUUCACAAAUUUAUUGUAUCUUUGCCAAUGGGUUAUGACACCAAUAUAGGAUCCAAAGGCACGCAGUUAUCUGGUGGUCAGAAACAAAGGGUUGCCAUCGCCAGAGCCUUGAUACGUAGACCAAGGAUGCUGCUUUUGGAUGAAGCUACUAGUGCUCUUGAUACGGAAAGUGAGAAGGUUGUCCAAGAGGCUUUAGAUGCAGCGAAAGCAGGUCGCACAUGCAUUAUGAUCGCUCAUCGGCUGAGUACAGUCAAGGACGCUGAUGUUAUUUGCGUACUGAAAGAUGGACAAGUCGUCGAAAAAGGAAAACAUGCUGAAUUGUUAGAUCAUAAAGGGAUUUAUUACAAUUUGAAUAGAACAGGGCAUAUGUAAGUGGAUAAAGAUAAAAAAUUGUAAAUAAUAAUUAAACUAAGAAGAUUUUUUAAAUGAGGUAUCAAUUUAUUGCAAUGCGAAACAGGACCACUAUCUUUUGCCAUAAAGGAGUGUGAGUUGAAUAAAGCAUUCCCUUUAUCUUUUUCUGUUAAUAUUUUUAUUAACUGUAAUGUCUCAACGUCUCAUGUAUGUUUUAAUUUAUUGUAUUUGAUGGAUUUACUGAUAAGAAGCAAUAUUUUUCAUUUGUAUGUAACUGAUGUUAAAAUGUUAUUACAUAAUAUUUACAAAAUAACUUCUUCUAUUUACUUUUGACAUAAGAGUUUUCGUCUAAUCAAGGAUGUCGCCCAAGAAACUUUGUAUUUUGUCAAAGUAAUAAAGUUUAUAAUUAAAUU